UGUAUUGUGUAUCGUCUGUUUAUUAAGGACGUUACAUUUUAGUAAUUUUAGUAAUAAUUAAAAUGGUACUUUGUAAAUUUUUUCAACAAGGCAGUUGCCGAUUUGGUCAAUAUUGUAAAUUUGAACACAGUUUUGGGAAUAGAAGUAAAACUUUCGGAGAUGAAAAGAACAUAGCUUUAAUGGUGGCCGAAGAUAUUCUAAAUGCUGAAAGAGGCAGACAAUGGCUACUUUCUUGCUAUGGACCGUUCAAGGAGCGAAAGUGUAUUCCAGGCAUGGAAGACGUAUCGCCAGAGGAAGUCCGCUGGGAAAUGUAUCAAGCACAGAAAAAUGGCACAGCAGAUCAAAUAAAUGCUCAAUUUCAACAAAUGUGCGAGACAAUGAAAACCAAACGCGAUGCUUUGAAAAAUCCAACAUCUGCAAUCGUUCAGUUAUUGGAAGAAAUACAGAAUUCAGGGGCGGAGAAUACCUCGUUUGGUAAUAAUUCUAAAUUAAAUAAAGGAAAUUUUGCUUUUGGAACACCACAAUUGGGUAUUUCAAAUACUAAUCAAACGUCGAGCGUUUUUGGACAGAAGUCUUUUGGAGCAUCAAACAAUCCCUUUGGCAAUAGUACUAGUAGUAGUAGCGGCGGUAGCUUCAAUUCAAUGCAAGCAUCAUCCUCAAUUUUUGUUAGGCCUACUACUUACAAUUCAAAUUCCGUAUUCGGAGGGAAACCAAGUUUUGGAAGUGCUCCGGUGUUUGGUAGUCCAUCCGCUACUGGCACUUCCAUUUUCGGAAAUGUCAAUAAGUCUGCGGCACCAGCGUUUGGCUCGGUGCAAAAUGCUCCUAGUUUUGGUGGCUUGGCCUCUCAAGGCUCGUUAUUUGGUAGCGGUGCUUCGGCUCAGUCGGGCUUCGGUCAGCCCGCGACCUUUGGCGCCAGCAGUGGUCAGGCGAGCGGCAGCUUCCUGAAGGCUCAGGGCUCGCAGCCGUCGGUGUUCGGAUCCGUGGUCGCAACACCCGUCCAGCCCGGCAACGUGUUCGGGGCUGCGAUCCCAGGAGCCGGCGUCACCACGACCGCCCAGAGCUCCGUAUUCGGCGCGAAUCCUGGCUCGAGCCCGGCGUCCGGUACCGGACUCUUUGGACAGACGACGACGACCAAUGCAGCCUUCGGCGGUGCGCCCGUCUUCGGCGGGACGAGCACCUUUGGCACUGCUCAAGCCCAGACUGGAGGUGGUGGAGGUGCCGGGACCGGUGGCUCGAUGUUCGGUGGUCAGUCCGCUUUUGGAGGGACUAACGCCGUUUCGUCGUCAUCAAGCAGCGUGUUUGGGGGGUCGAAUAGUGUCACCUCCAGCUUCGGAGUCAUUGCCCAGACGGCCAAUGCGGGGGCCGGUUUCGGGGUUGCUGCUCCAGCCGCUUCCACGAAUGCCUUCGAGGCAACGACGAGUUCGGCACCCUUCGGCACCCCCAUAUCUACCGCCGCUGGGCCCUUUGGCGCACUCAACACUACUGCUCAAAGUCAUUUCGGCACUGGGAUGUCAUCGUACUCCAAGGGUGUGUCCUUCGGCUUCGCGGCGCCUGCGACGGAGGCCGGCAGCAUUUUUGGGACGUCGGUUACGACAUCGACGUUCGGCGGGACAGGAUUCGCGAGUCCUCAAGCGGGAAGUAGUGUAUUCGCAAGAUUAACAACGACGGCGACGACGACGACGACGACGACGACCGCUGCAUCCGUCGGCAAUGUCUUCUUAGCAAAACCUCAGCAGCAGGGCGUCGUUUCGCCAUUUGGGAUAGCCUCCACGCAGAGCAGCUCCCAGGGGAUCUUUGCUACCCCGACAGCCAGUGGAUUCGGUAUCGCGAUAACGGUGAUGAUCGACGAGACAGCCUACAGUGCUGAGAAUGUGCUCACCGACGACGAGAAAGCCGCUUACCGCAUGAACCUCUUUUCCGAGGGUCAUAUACCCAUACGACCACCUACCAAAGAGCUCAGCUAAGAAAAUAUUAUCGUAAAUUGGCUUACAGUCGUCGGGG